CGCGUGCUGCCAUCUUGUCACAGUGAGUCGACAGCGUUCAUUUAAACUUUCGCCUAUUUCUGCGAAAUCAUAGCAAUAAAUUUGCAAAGAAACAACCGAUGCCUACCAAAUUGUUUGUAGGGAACAUCUCAGACUCAUGCAGCGAAGACGACCUCAAGGAAGCCUUCGAAAAAUACGGUAAUAUUGUGGAGAGUUCGAUAGUUCGAAAUUAUGCAUUUGUGCACUUUGAGAAAAAAGAAGACGCCGACAAGGCGAUCAAAGAGCUCCACGAAACCGAACUGAAAGGAAAUGUGAUAAGAGUAUUACUCUCCACCACUCCACAUAAGAAGGGAAGAGGUAGCGGCGAAGGACGGCCACCAUACCCGAGGGACAGGGACAGACAAGGUUAUUCGCGGGGUCCUCCUUCACGAGGAUGGGGUUACCCACCGCCUGAUCAGAGAAGCCGUUACCAUCCAUAUUACGACCGCAGUGAUUACUACAGAGGAGGAUAUCCUCCUCAGUACAGUCGAGGAUCUGGAGGCCAGUAUGGGUAUUACAGUACUUACGACAGUGACUAUUCUAGAGAUUACCAGCGGAGUUACUCGUCUUACUAUGGUGACAGAUAUGGCGGUGCUGUAACAUACCCAGAUACGUCGAAAAGGCAAUCCUGGGACCACUAACUGUGCAACGUGACACUUUUUUAAGCUGACCAAGAGCAGGCUUGUUUUGAAGGCGAAACAUAAAAGCUAUUUUUUGAAUUAUGAGGUGUUUUCUUAAUUUUGUUUACAUACUUAAGAGCAUGCUAAUAGCAAUGGAAAUGUGGAACAAGUGGCAUCUUAUCUAUAUUUAACUUUGUAGUUAUGAAACCAUGGAAACUGUAGAUCCUGUUGACCAUCUCCCGCAGUUCUACAGUUUGUACAUAGUGUCUUUAAAGCUGCCUUUGUUGCAACGACACUUUAGAGGAUUUACUCUACCGGAUCAGAUCAGUUACUGCAUUGGUGUCAUAUUUUAAUUAUGUCAACCAUUUACACUAGCAUUUGUGUUAAGAAAUUAAUAACCCUUGAGAAAUUUUGUUACUUGAUGUCUGGUUUGAUCUAUUACUGAAAUGAUUCAAAAAUCUGGAUAGGAAUUAAAGUAUUGAUUGUUGAAUACCUCUUUACAGAAUCUUAGGUAAAGCGGUUGGGAGUUUAAAUAUUGUCACUAAUAUAAGUUCUCCAAUGUAACUCAGGAUACAGUCAGGAUUUCUUUGUAUAGAUAUGGCAAGCAUGCUUUGUUUCUUUUUACCAGCAUUAACAGAAAGUCUACUUUUAUUUAGUAAUAACCUAUCUCAAAUGCUUAUUUACUUUGUAACAUGUUGUAACUUGUGCAUGAUUGCAGUAAUGCUGUUAUUGAUGCGAUUCUAUUUCACAGAUUUACAGUCACCUUGUUCUUUUGCACAAGUUUGUUAAGACUUAAAAGUUGAUUGAUGGGGACAAGUUCUUUGUGAUUUGAUUCUGUUCCCACACUGAAAGUUGUAUGAGAUAUAACAUAAAUUUGUUUUCAUUGCAAAUUCCUUGUGUGCUUCAAACUCUUCAUUUCUAAGUACAGUAGCUGUUACUAACAUUUCAUUUGUCAUAUCUUAACUUAUCAAUAAAAUGUGCAAACACUGUGGCAUAAAGCCUGGUUUUUGCUAUGACUUCAUACUUAUUUCUCAUUGAAAUUCAUCUUAGAAAACUUUUCUCUACAGUCGCAGCAUGGUUCUUAGCUCACAACCAAAGUUGCAAUCUCAGCAGAGCAUAACCUUGUUUGAUUAUACAGUACAUGUAUGUGCAAAUAAAAAAAAUAUUGUUAUUGUA